AUGUCCCUCUCACCCACUCUCAUACGCUCUCAUUCCCUCCACCCACUCUCAUACGCUCUCAUUCCCUCUCACCCACUCUCAUUCGCUCUCAUUCCCUCACACCCACUCUCAUACGCUCUCAUUCCCUCUCACCCACUCUCAUACGCUGUCAUUCCCUCUCACCCACUCUCUUACGCUCUCAUUCCCUCUCACCCACCUCUCAUACGCUCUCAUUCCCUCUCGCCCACUUUCAUACGCUCUCAUUCCCUCUCACCCACUCUCAUACGCUCUCAUUCCCCUCCCACCCACACUCAUACGCUCUCAUUCCCUCUCACCCACUCUCAUACGCUCUCAUUCCCUCUCACCCACUCUCAUACGCUCUCAUUCCCUCUUGUCCACUCUCAUACGCUCUCAUUCCUCUCACCCACUCUCAUACGCUCUCAUUCCCUCUCACCCACUCUCAUACGCUCUAAUUCCCUCUCACCCACUCUGAUACGCUCUCAUUCCCUCUCACCACAACUCAUACACUCUCAUUCCCUCUCACCCACUCUCAUACCCUCUCAUUCCCUCUCACCCACUCUCUUACGCUCUCAAUCCCUCUCAACCACUCUCAUACGCUCUCAUUCCCUCUCACCCACUCUCAUACACUCUCAUUCCCUCUCACCCACUCUCAUACGCUCUCAUUCCCUCUCACCCACUCUCAUACGCUCUAAUUCCCUCUCCCCCACUCUCAUACGCUCUCAUUCCCUCUCACCACACUCAUACACUCUCAUUACCUCUCACCCACUUCUCAUACCCUCUCAUUCCCUCUCACCCACUCUCUUACGCUCUCAUUCCCUCUCACCCACUCUCAUACGCUCUCAUUCCCUCUCACCCACUCUCAUACGCUCUCAUUCCCUCUCACCCACACUCAUACGCUCUCAUUCCCUCUCACCCACUCUCAUACGCUCUCAUUCCCUCCCACCCACACUCAUACGCUCUCAUUCCCUCUCACCGACUCUCAUACGCUCUCAUUCCCUCUCACCCACUCUCUUACGCUCUCAUUCCCUCUCACCCACUCUCAUACGCUCUCAUUCCCUCUCACCCACUCUCAUACGCUGUCAUUCCCUCUCACCCACUCUCUUACGCUCUCAUUCCCUCUCACCCACUCUCAUACGCUCUCAUUCCCUCUCGCCCACUUUCAUACGCUCUCAUUCCCUCUCACCCACUCUCAUACGCUCUCAUUCCCUCCCACCCACACUCAUACGCUCUCAUUCCCUCUCACCCACUCUCAUACGCUCUCAUUCCCUCUCACCCACUCUCAUACGCUCUCAUUCCCUCUUACUCUCAUUCCCUCUCACCCACUCUCAUACGCUCUCAUUCCCUCUCACCCACUCUCAUACACUCUCAUUCCCUCUAUCCCACUCUCAUACGCUCUCAUUCCCUCUCACCCACUCUCAUAUGCUCUCAUUCCCUCUCGCCCACUCUCAUACGCUCUCAUUCCCUCUCGCCCACUCUCAUACGCUCCCAUUCCCUCUCACCCACUCUCAUACGCUCUCAUUCCCUGUCACCCACACUCAUACGCUCUCAUUCCCUCUCACCCACUCACAAACGCUCUCAUUGCCUCUAACCCACUCUCAUACGCUUUCAUUCCCUCUCACCCACUCUCUUACGCUCUCAUUCCCUCUCACCCACUCUCAUACACUCUCAUUCCCUCUAUCCCACUCUCAUACGCUCUCAAUCCCUCUCACCCACUCUCAUACGCUCUCAUUCCCUCUCAACCACACUCAUACACUCUCAUUCCCUCUCACCCACUCUCAUACGCUCUAA